AUGUCAGAUGCUAAUAAUAUUGAUGAGGAUGUGAACAAUCAAGUUCACUGUGAUAAUAAUAGUAAUAAUAAUAAUAAUAAUAAUUCUGAGGAUGAUCUCAAAGCUUCUGAGAAAGAUGCAAAUAAUGAAAACUCAAUGCCCACUUCUCAACAAGAGGAAGACGCUGUAAAGAAAAAGUAUGGAGGGAGAUUGCCAAAGAAGCCUCCACUAAUAUCCAAGGAUCAUGAACGUGCUUAUUUUGAUUCUGCUGAUUGGGCUUUGGGGAAGCAAGGAGCACAAAAGCCUAAAGGACCACUUGAAGCACUCCGUCCAAAACUGCAGCCAACUCAUCAGCAGGCUCGAUCAAGGCGCUCAGCUUAUGCUCCAGGAGAUGGUUCUGAAGUUGACGUUGAGGAUCCAAGUUCUACUGACGAUGUUGCUACUGGUGAUGUUGCCGGUGAUAAGAGUGAUGCUGCUCAAGAUCAAAGUUGCCAUUAG